AGAACGGGAACUUAUGACCUGGCCAAAGCUGAGGAGAAAUACGGGACAGAGGCGGGAACACACUGGAGAGAUAGCGAUGCUCCUGAAGUCCUCCCUACUACUGAGGAACAGGAGAAACACAAUGUCCUGGACAAGGGCCAUAUUCGCAGGCAGUAUAAAAUCGGCCGCAAGCUGGGUGAAGGAGGGUUUGGCCUUGUGUAUGAAGGGACUCGCUGCAAGGAUGGACUUAAGGUGGCUAUAAAGUUUUCAAUGAAGUCCAUUUUCAACCAUGCCAUCUAUCAGAGUGCCUGGUCAUCCCAAACGUCUCCCCAUAGAGAUUGGCCUGAUGCUCAUGGCCAAUAAGGGCCCCAGCGUUCCCCAGAUCAUUGAGCUGCUUGACUGGGAGGACAACACAGACCACUACGUGAUGGUCAUGGAGCGCCCUGUACCUUGCGUGGACUUGUUUAGUUUUGUGGAUCACCAUGGAGGAAGCCUUGACGAGGGGACGGCACGAAAUAUUAUGCGGCAAGUCAUUGAUGCCGCUAAAACUUGCUGUGAGCGUGGAGUCUUCCAUCGUGAUUUAAAAUUGGAGAACCUCCUGGUGAACCAGGACACCAUGGAGGUCAAAUUAAUUGACUUCAGGUGCGGUGCGCUCAUGAAGAAUUCUGCCUUCAAAUCCUUUAGUGGCACGAGAGCGUACUGUCCACCAGAGGUCAAAGCCAACGGCAGGUACCACGCAAAGCCGACGUUAGUGUGGACUCUUGGGAUUCUCCUGUUCGCAAUGGUGUGCGGCCAUUUUCCCACAGACCUCGAUCUGAACAUGAUCAGUGAGAACAACUGGAUCAGACCUGGCCUGUCACAAGAAUGCUGCCAGAUGAUUUGUGAUUGUCUGCAGCCUGAUCCACAAUAAAGACUCAUUCUAGAGAAGAUGCAUC